AUGGUGGGCGAGCCAGAGAUGUAUACACCUCUGGGGACACGUAUAGUAUCCUUACUUUACGGGGAGACAUUUAUGACGGUCCAGAUUUUCCCAUCCCUUCGUGAUGUUGGUAGAACUAAGGGAUUAUGUGGUACUCUUACUGAUGAUUGUAAAGACGACUUCCUUAAAUCGGAUGGAACAACUUUUACGAAUGGUGAUACAGCAAGAGAAUGUAACACACUUGGAUUGACAGAUUAUAAAUUUCGUCCGGAUGAAUUUUCAUAUUCAUGGAGAGCCGAUGAAGGGAAUAAUCUUUUUAAGGACGAACCUACAUUUGAUGGAAAUCACUGGGCUGCCAACAAGCAGAUUUGUAUAUGUCGAAAAGACAAUAGUGUUGUGGACGGAGAUGAGUAUAUAGAUUGUUCGUCAAGUUCUGUCGUUACUUGCAACAGAGAAGAGGAAGUGAAAACUCCACAGACAUGCAGCUCACUCUUUCAAAGGACGUGGUCGGCUCCCUUCAUACAAAAAUCAAGGACAAAAAGAUCUCCGUAUAAAACAUCAAGAGAUCUUGGUAAGUCGAUAGUAUGGACGGAAGCUGAAGCGAUAGAACAAUGCAGAUUGUUUAUGGAUAAAUCAGAAUCUUUCAAAAUGUGCAAAGAAAUUCCAAACGUUGAUCCUACCAUAGCAAUCAACACUUGUGUUCUAGAUAUCCUGCUAACAAAUUCUACUCAGUGGAUGAUAAAUGCUAGAGAAGGUAUCAAGGGCAAAUGCUUAGCGGAAGUUAGAGUAAAUGCGACAUUGCAAAAUGAGACUGAAAGUGGAGGAGCUUCCAUCGCUGAAAUAGUAAAAAAUGCUAGCUGCAUUAAUGAUUGUCUUGAACGGGGCCGCUGUGAAUACGGAAGCUGUGUUUGUGACGACGGUUAUGGCGGGGGUGAUUGUGGGAUAGUCUUAUCCAUUCCGCCCAUCAUUUACGGUAUGAUUGACAGUGGAUUAUGUGACAUAAGUUUGGUGCCUUGUACGGAAGCAAAUCUUGAAGGGGAUGGCUUUACUAGCGAAGGAAAUCCAAAUUGUAGAAUUAAGAAAUUUCAAGUAAUUGUGUUUUAUUUGAAAGCUUCUCUUCAAAUACAUUUUCAGAAACAAACAUUCUGUUGUUUUAAUAUCAUUUGUUUAUUGUAG